AUGGAUGUGCAGCGAGCAACUUUGGAAUCGAUGGGUCUGCAAAGCAAGAAAGCAGUCGCCAUACACAUCUUGCAGGAGAACGUCUACGAAAGCAAUUUGGUCCCCGACAUCGCAAAUGUCAACUAUCUCGCGGGACACCAAGGGCGAAUGAAUCUCCAACCCUUGGCCGGGCUGCAAGUCUUUGUUGACGAUGUCUAUGUCUAUGGCCCCCUGCAAGAGAAAGACCUUGUUCGGGUACCUGGCCGCAGAACAUCUUGUACUACAGGCAAAGAGGGUGCAGCCAAAAGAGUGGUAGCACAGAUCUCUAUCUUUGUUCGGGAAGUCUGGGGCGAGGAAGACGGGUACAAGAACAUUUCGAUAGCCCACACAGUCAAUGCAAACUCCAGUGGUACUAUCGUGUCGACAGUGGGGCAAAUCGAAUGCGAAACAGGCUACCGAGCCAGACGAAUCUGGAAGAGUCUGCAUCCUGGAGAGGAACCCGCUGCCUAUUUUGUUGCCAAGGUGGAUGUAUCGAAUGUACCCAUGGAAAGGCUGCAGGAAGGUCUUCCACACAUGCGGCGCCUGCUAGAGGCGAUCGGCUGGGGCCAAUACCAAAUAGACUACACGCAAGACUUCUCGGGAACCUUGGACAGACCAGCCUUGGUGCAGCAUUUGGAGAACGAGCACAAUUUCUUCCAACAAGGCGAAAUGGCA